AGGGGGCGGCGGCGCGCUCACUCGCGCAUGCGCGAGCCUCUCUGGCGCUCCCCCACCCCCCCACCCCGCUCCGAGGCGCCUCGGUGUCUCCCGGAGGGAAGACGUGGACACGGAAGUAGCUGGCGGCUGCAGUGACGGAGGCGGGAACAGCGUCUCAGGCUCCGGAGGCUGGCCACGGAAUCUUGGACGGACGGUAGUGGUGCCAGUGCCGGGCCUACGGGGACGAGGAGGUCGGAAGGGCAGGUGCGCAGCGGUGUCCGGGCCUCGGUCGUCUGAGGCUGUUAUUGGCAAACGGAUCCCCGGCCGUUAAACGGCCGUCGCACGGAGCCUUGCCUAGCGCCCGGGCGCGUGCCCGCCCCCGGAAGCCGCCCCCUCCCCUUGCCGAGCCCUCGCGCGCCCCCCUCCACUCCCCACAUCUCUCGGAGCCAUGGCCAAGAGCGGAGGCAAGGGGUCCAGCCUGCGCGACAAGCUGGACGGCAACGAGCUGGACCUGAGCCUCGGUGACCUCACCGAGGUGCCGGUCAAGGAGCUGGCUGCUCUCCCAAAGGCCACCAUACUGGAUCUGUCCUGCAACAAACUGACUUCAUUACCGUCUGAUUUCUGUGGACUAACACAUCUAGUGAAACUGGACCUGAGUAAAAAUCGCCUGCAGCAGCUGCCUGCUGACUUUGGCCGUCUGGUCAACCUACAGCACCUGGACCUCCUCAACAAUAGGCUUGUCACCCUGCCUGUCAGCUUUGCUCAGCUUAAGAACCUGAAAUGGCUGGAUCUGAAGGAUAACCCUCUAGAUCCUGUCCUGGCCAAAGUAGCUGGUGAUUGCUUAGAUGAGAAGCAGUGUAAACAGAGUGCUGUCAGGGUACUGCAGCACAUGAAAGUUGUUCAGGCUGAUCAAGAGAGAGAAAAACAAAGGCGGCUGGAAGCUGAGCGAGAAAUAGAGAAGAAGCGUGAGGCGAAGCAGCGGGCCAAGGAAGCCCAAGAACGAGAAGUGAGAAAGAAGGAGAAAGCAGAGGAGAAGGAACGUCGGAGAAAGGAAUAUGAUGCUGUCAAAGCGGCUAAUAAGAAGGAACAAGAGAAAAAACCCAAGAAGGAGACACAUCAGCCUGCAAAGGCCAAGUCUGGUUCCCGCUCUGUGAAGUCUCGCCCUCAAAAGCAUUCCUGGUCCUGGGCUUUCUUAAAGCUGCUGCUGAUGGUGCUCCUCAGUGCCACAGGAGUUUUAGUUGCCUGUCAGGUGACAGAUCUACAGUGGCAGCCUUUCUGCAUCAAUGUGAACACCAUCUAUGAGAAUGUUGUCCACGGGCUUCGUAGCCAUGAAAUUCUGCAGCGAGUCUUACAGCCAAACUCUCAGCAAUAAGUGUGUUAUCAGCAUUGGCUGCCUCGUCGUCUGUGGAGCCAGGAUUCCUAUGGAAUUGUGUUCUGCCAGACACUACCUUUUAUAGCAUUGGACCUACUUGUCACCACCAACUGGCAAUCAAUUGGUACCUGAGACACCUGUUUUUAUGUCCUAGGAAAUCCAUGUUAGAACUUGCCUCUGUUCCUUAUGCAAGAUUCUGUUCCCUGUAGAUUUAGAAAAUGGGAAUGGGUGGGGGGUGGGGGGAACAGUAGCCUGCAUGCCUAAAGGAAUAAGGUAGAGGGGAGGAAAUGAACAUUCCCCUUUUCUAAUCCAGGUAUCCAAAGCUAUGUAAAGGUGAGGCAUAUUUUUACUAAAUGGUCAGCUGUCUCCACAUUUAUAUUUUUGUAUGUCACAAAUCUAUCCACUCAUAACUUCCUGGGCCAGGAUCUCAACUACAACAAAAACUAGAUCAGGAGGCAACACUGUUCAACAUAAAAUACCUAUUUUCUUACACUAACGCAAUUUGGUAACUACAGAAAUAAUGGAUUUUUUAUAGCUGGAUUGGACCUUAGCAACCAUUUAGUCCAGCCUCCUGAUUUUAUAAUGGCUUAAUUAGUGACAGAGCCUGAAUCCAGCUGUCCCAAUCCAGUGUGGAAACUUUUCAACUUGUCCAUAUAAACUCAGGAGGCUAGAUAGGAAUAUGGCUUGGCUUACUAGCACUGAAGAAAGAAAUCUCCUUUGACUUAUCAGUGGUAACCUAGAACUAGUUUUUCUGCCAGCAUAGGCCCUUUGUAGUUUAUGCAGACUUUUGCAUUCCUGCCACUUACAGAAGAACUAGGACUACCUGAAGGUUCUAGGUACAGACAAGACAUCCCCAUGUCAGAAAAGGAAACCCCUUUGUUGCUGUGGUAUGAUUGAAAGCUGUUCUCUCAUUCUCAGUUGGAGUAGAUACUGCUUUACUGGAGCUAACAUUUAUAAAUAAGCUCAAUUUCUGUUCCUUGCCUCUUACUAACACAAGGUUUAAGAGGCAUUAGCAAUGCUGUGCAAAAUUAAAAUUCUGCCUCUUAACAAAGCCAGACAGGCAACUUAAGCUGAGUUAAACACCGGGUGUUAAUUUUGCUUUAGGUCCUUUAUCUCAGGGAGAAUGGUAUAACUAUUGCCCCUUGAUACUUAUUCGCUGGAAAAAUUCCUGAUUAAAAAAAAAAAAACCUCCUGGGACAGCAAGGGGAAGACAUCACCAACUCCAGGGACAAGUACAGGCUGUUCCUAAAGUCUGGACACAUUGGCAAUGUGGAGUUAUUGCAUCGAGUUCACGUGAAUGUUGCAAAGCACAUCAACCUUUGCAUCACAAAUGAAUUGAGGAUGUUAUUUGUUAAUAUUCCAAUUAAAUAAAAUGAUGUUGAAAAUUUCAUUCAUUUCAUUUCUUGAAAACAUGCAUUUUUGUCUGUGUGUCCAGACUGUAGGAACACCCUGUAUUUUAGCACAGCGAUACGGAACUGCCUACCUGUGAGGGCUCUCCUAGCAUUAAGAAAUGAUUUCUUUUGUUCCUAUUUUUGCUAUUUCUAUUUGAAACACAUGUCAUGUGUGGUAGUAGAAAUGACUACAUACUCUUUUACUCUUCCUUCAGGCACUGGGACCAUUUCUAUAAUUACUUUAUUGUAUAAGCACAUAACUAUUCUAAGCAAGUACACAGAGCUAUACAGUGAUCCACCCCGGCCCCAAUGAUAGGGAUUACCAUUCCAUGUUGUGAUUUAUAAGAGGUGAGGGGAUUGGUUAUAGUGAGCAAGCCCACAGAUAAACCCAAGAGCUUUAACUCCAUUUCAGUCACAAUUGUUAGAAUUUCCUAAACUUUAUGAUGGACUUUUUAUAAUUGUUAUUAAAUAAGUGUCUUGUGGGAUAUU